UUCAGAAGCCAAGAGAGAAGAAGGGCACCAAUCAACACACUUUACAAUCCCUUUCUCAGACGUUUGACAGAAAGGAGCACAGAAGCUCAAACAAUGAAAAUUGCUCACUCUUUGGCUGGAGUCCUGCUCCUCAUCAUUAUCCAAAGCAGCUGGCAGGUGCCUGACCAGGACACAGACCGAAACUCCAUGCUACUUACUGAAAACUCCCUGAUGACUGAACCCAUUGAGCUCCCAAACAUGAAGAGACAUUCAGAGGGGACAUUUUCCAACGACUACAGUAAAUACCUGGAGACAAGAAGAGCACAAGACUUUGUCCAGUGGCUAAAGAACUCAAAAAGAAACGGGAGUCUAUUUAGACGUCAUGCCGACGGCACCUACACCAGUGACGUGAGCUCCUACCUGCAGGACCAGGCAGCCAAGGAGUUUGUGUCCUGGCUGAAGACUGGCCGAGGCAGAAGAGAGUAAACUCAAACUGAGCGCCCCAACAGCUCCCUAAAUAACGCGACAUUUCACACUGACUCUGUGCUAUUAUAUGUUUCAUAAUCUGUACUAGCCUUUUUCUUCGUCAUGCUAUUAAAUUCACAUCGUAAUAAGCUUUGUUUGGCCUUCAGUGGUUGAAGGAAAUGUUGUUCAAAUGUUGCAAACAUUUCCAGUAUGUUUGAAAUGUGUCUCAAUCAUAAAUGCUGCGUGAAUUUUUUAUCAAUCAUUCACAUCAUAAUUCUUUUUUCAUAUUUCACAUUGUUGGCACUUUCAUCUUUUCCUUCUCCCAUAAAUUUAUGUUACAGUCACAUUAGUGAUUUGAAUUGAAACAUCGAUACUUCCAUCUGUAGAUAGUCUCAAUUUUCUUAUUAUUCAGAUAAAAGUCAUAUUUAGUUUUCAAUAAAGAAAUGUGUACAAUCUA